CCCUUCCGCACCUCCUUCAGUAGUGACUUCAGCCUCGCUCGGCUGGGGGAGGAGCAGGCAGCGAGGCAGUGAGGGAGGGAGAGAGAGAGAGGGAGAGAGAGAGAGAGAGAGAGAGGGAGGCUCUCUGCUCCCGUGUUGAUGUUUGUUGUUUGCUCGGGUGACACGAUGUGAACGGAGGGUUGUCGACCGGCCUGCCUCCGCUCCACUCGGGGAAUGCUGCAACUUUUUGUAUUUUUCGGGUGACCGAGCGAGUGAAGAAGACUGCUGGUGAUUAUAGCUCGAGUGUUUGUGCGCGUGAAGACUCGGGUAGUGUCUCGCGCCCAGUCAGGAUGCGGGAGCUCGUCUGAGAGCAGCUCCCUCCUCCUCCUCCUCCUCGAGCGGUCUUUCUCUGGAUUUCUCUCUUUUUGAACUUCUUAUAUAUAUUUAAAAAAACAACAAAAAAAACAUGGUGUCAUCCGCGUGGCUACCGGGUCGCAAACCUGGGUAAAGGAAAGGAGAAGCCACGCGACAACACACCCAAGCACGAGGACACCGGCGCUACUCCGCUCCGGAGGCACAUCCAGCCCGGGAUUUACUCAUCUGUGGGGACUUGAUGCAUCUCGGGGUGUCUGAGUCCAUGAGAGAGUGCGAGUACAGCCAGAUAAGCACUCGCAGCUCCACACCGAUGGAGACCCCUCACAAGAAAAGGACCCCAAAGAGGAGGAAGUGGGAGUCCUUCCCGGGUCGGAAUAAGUUUUACUGCAAUGGGAGGAUUAUGAUGGCCAAGCAGACGGGGGUUUUCUACCUCACCCUUGUCCUAAUUCUGGUGACUUGUGGACUUUUCUUCUCCUUUGAUUGUCCGUUCCUGGCGCAGCAGCUGACCCCAGUCAUCCCAGUCAUAGGAGGUGUGCUGUUUCUGUUUGUGUUGGGGACACUCCUGAGAACCAGCUUCAGUGACCCAGGGGUGCUGCCCAGGGCCACCCCAGAUGAAGCAGCUGACCUGGAGAGGCAAAUAGAUGUGGCUAAUGGCAGUACAGGCUACAGGCCUCCUCCCAGGACCAAGGAGGUGGUCAUCAACGGCCAGACAGUCAAGCUGAAGUAUUGCUUCACCUGCAAGAUCUUCAGACCUCCACGUGCCUCCCACUGCAGCCUCUGUGAUAACUGUGUGGAGCGUUUUGACCACCACUGUCCGUGGGUGGGGAACUGCGUGGGAAGGAGGAACUACCGUUUCUUCUACAUGUUCAUCCUCUCGCUCUCCUUCCUCACCAUCUUCAUCUUCUCCUUCGUCAUCACACACAUCAUUUUAAGCUCCCAUCAAAGAGGGUUCCUCCACGCACUUAAACAUAGUCCUGCCAGUGUGCUGGAGGUGGUGGUGUGUUUCUUUUCGGUCUGGUCCAUAGUGGGCCUCUCAGGCUUCCAUACCUACCUGAUCAGCUCCAACCAGACUACCAACGAAGAUAUAAAAGGUUCAUGGUCUUCUAAAAGAGGGAAGGACAACUAUAACCCCUACAGCCAUGGCAAUAUAUUCACCAACUGCUGUGCAGCACUGUGUGGACCGCUGCCACCAAGCCUCAUUGACAGACGGGGCUUUGUCCAAUCAGACACGCCGCAGUUGGCACCACCAACCAAUGGCAUCACCAUGUACGGGGCCACCCAGUCUCAGCAGAGCCACAUGUGUGACCAAGACCAGUGCAUUCAGAGCACCAAAUUCGUUUUGCAGGCCGCCGCCACACCUCUCCUCCAGCAGCAGAGCAGCGAUCCAGUCAUCCUGACGGCCUCCCCGGAAAACGGAGUCUCCUUGCCCAGCCGCACCUCCCUCAACCUAGGCGGUCCGUGCACCUCACUGCCCCUCGGCCAGCCCACCCCUCCAACGUCCACCCCCAGCCUCAGCUGCCACGAGGCCACAGACAUGCUGCCAAUCCACGGACAUAGCCACGCACACAACCACAGCCACACCCUCCAAGAGCCAGUGGCCCACCACCACUUUCUCACCCCAGAGGAAGUGCCCUCGCCACCAGGUAUGCUUCCCUGCGGCAGCCCCCUGGGUCACAGCCACACUGUGCAGGCAGGUUUCUACAACCCAGCCAGCCAGGACUCAUUACACGAGGACUCUGUCAGAGGAUUGGUAAAGCUCAGCUCUGUCUGACAAUGGGAUACAAACCCCUUCCUCCCACCUCCUCCCUCUUGUAUCAUGCGUCCGACCCAUGAAACUGCUAGGUUUUGGACCAGCUCGCUCUCGCGCUGAAUCAGCUUUCCUUUUUCUCCUCAGCAGGACUUGAGAACUGAAAAGGGCUUUGGUUUAAAUUCAGCUGCUAGAACCUGAAAGGAAUUUAACUGAACCGAAAUGAAAUCAGUGGGCCUCUGCCAAUGGCUUGCCAGACCUGUGUUGUGGCCGGUAUGACAACUCCGACAUAUGCUUCUCUUUUUUAUUUUUACUUUAACGGGAGCUACUGGACAAGGGAGUUUCUUUUUCAAAGUGGCGUAUGUCUGUGAGCCAUGUCAAGCAAAAACAGAUGUUCUGACAGUACAUGACUUUUUGGUCAAAUUGAUGAAUUUCUCUCAAUGGAUCACAGGUCUGACCGUUUUUUUUUUUUUGUAAAACAAACUUUAGCCGUUUUGCCUGUUGCUGAUUGGACAGUGUCUUUUUUGCCUUUUUUCUUGGACAUUCUCAGCAGUGCAAUGGUUGAUGUCAUGUUGCAUAUCAUCAUUUUUUCUAUGUAAAAAAAAAACCCUGACAAAAACCAAGAGACUGUUGUACUGUACCAUGAUUAUUACAAAUCUUACAAAUUAUUAUAUUUCCUGUGGAUAUUAAUAAAACAAACUUUUAUCAGAUACGACUGCAUUAAUAUUG